AUGAAGAACGCCGGCGGCGCCUACCGCUGCCUGCCCGGGGCGCCGGGGCCCUGCGCCAUGAACCCCGAGAUGCCGCUGGAGCCGCUGGGCAGCCUGCACGGCGCCGGCCCCGAGCCGGAGCUCAUGGGCAGCCCCAGCCCGCACCACGGCGGCCGCGCCGCGCCGCUCCGCGCGCCCCCGCCGCCGCCGCAGGAGCUGCCGCCGGCGCCCGCCCGGCCGGCCAUGGUGCCCAGCAUGGCCUCGCUGCUGGACGGCGCCGCCGAGUACCGCCCCGAGCUCUCCAUCCCGCUGCACCACGCCAUGGCCAUGCCCUGCGACUCCUCGCCGCCCGGCAUGGGCAUGAGCGGCACCUACACCACGCUGACGCCGCUCCAGCCCCUGCCGCCCAUCUCCACCGUCUCCGACAAGUUCCACCACCCGCACCACCAUCCGCACGCCCACCACCACCACCACCACCAGCGCCUCGCCGGCAACGUCAGCGGCAGCUUCACCCUCAUGCGGGACGAGCGGGGGCUGCCCGCCAUGAACAACCUCUACGGGCCCUACAAGGAGAUGCCGGGCAUGGGCCAGAGCCUCUCCCCGCUGGCCGCCGCGCCGCUGGGCAACGGGCUGGGCCCCAUCCACAACGCCCAGCAGAGCCUCCACGGCUACGGGCCGCCCGGCCACGACAAGAUGCUCAGCCCCAACUUCGAGGCCCACAGCGCCAUGCUGGCCCGGGGGGACCAGCACCUCUCCCGCGGGCUGGGGACGCCCCCCGCCGCCGUCAUGUCCCACCUGAACGGCGUGCACCACCCCGGGCACCCGGGCCACACGCCGGCGCACGGGCCCGGGCUGCCCCCCGGCCGGGAGCGGCCCCCCUCCUCCUCGGGCUCCCAGGUGAGCAGCUCGGGGCAGCUGGAGGAGAUCAACACCAAAGAAGUGGCACAAAGGAUCACCGCCGAACUGAAGCGCUACAGCAUCCCCCAGGCGAUCUUCGCCCAGAGGGUGCUGUGUCGUUCUCAGGGGACCCUUUCGGACUUACUAAGGAACCCUAAGCCUUGGAGUAAACUCAAAUCCGGCAGGGAGACCUUCAGGAGGAUGUGGAAGUGGCUGCAGGAGCCGGAGUUCCAGAGGAUGUCGGCCCUGAGACUUGCCGCGUGCAAACGCAAAGAGCAGGAACCGAACAAAGAGAGGAACAACUCCCAGAAGAAAUCCCGCCUGGUUUUCACCGAUCUCCAGCGCAGAACACUUUUCGCCAUCUUCAAGGAGAACAAGCGUCCGUCCAAAGAAAUGCAGAUCACCAUCUCCCAGCAGCUGGGCCUGGAGCUCACCACCGUCAGCAACUUCUUCAUGAACGCCCGGCGGCGCAGCCUGGAGAAGUGGCAGGACGAUCUCAGCACGGGGGGCUCCUCCGCGGCCUCCAGCACUUGCACCAAAGCGUGA